UCAUUUAUCCUGAUCGUAUCCAUUCAAACUCAAUAGCUUGUCAUUAUAUUGUCUCGGAUGUACAAAUCGCAAGUCUUCCUGUCAGAUGCUAAGUAUGAAAUGUUCCGAAACUUCGAUCCAAAAAGUCGAACAAGUUGUCCAAGAACCUGCUUGCAUAUCAAACUGCAACCAGAGAGUGUUGCAAUGUUUCAAAGUAAACACAUAGCUUGCAUAAAAAGUUACAUCAUCCAGAAGCUGACAGUUUCAUUUAACAUUGCCGCAUGCUGUUAUGUGAGCGAUUUCUCGCGAUAACAAGUCGGUGUUGACGAACCCUGCCAACAAUUAUCAUGGCUUGCAUGUAGAAUCACUCACAAAGACAAGGUCUUGCAGUAACAAUACUCAGAAACUCAUGAUAUUCAGAUGUUCACCAAAGUGAUGGCUUCUGAGUACAAGCGAAGAAUGCUAUUUAAAAGUUAAAUUUAUUCUUCAUAAUAAUAAAAUGAAUUUUCUAAACUUUGACAACAACGUAAACUCUACUCCAUUCUCAAUGUGGAGUUACUCAGACAUUGUCCAGGAGCUCAGUUCGGUGUACUGAAUGGGCCACUUGAGCGAGCAGGUGCAAGAGUCACAGAAUUAUUGAGCCCUCUCAGCUCAAGAAUGCCAAACUGCUCCUUAUCCUUAUGCAGAUGGAGUCGAACCUUAUGUAGUUGCAUCAGAUGCAAAGACCCAGUUAAGUUUUACAAGUGGCCAAGCCAUGCCAGAAAUCAAGAAUCUAAAGACCAACAAAAACCUCGAGUCAAAGAAACGAAACUGUCGCUCAAACAAGCUUGACAUCGCACAACAACUCGUGAGCUUAAGAUGGAGUAUCCUUAAUAACUAUGUGACUGGGUUUACAUCAUCAUCGAAGAAAGCCAAGAGUGCCCACAAAAAGCAUCUUAGAAGACGUUCCAAAUACAUUGGAGUUUCGAGAAACAACGCCAACUGGCAAGCCCUCAUCAACAUUGAUCAGAUCAAGCGCUACAUCGGCACAUUUGGUGAAGAACUACAGGCUGCCAGAGCUUAUGACUUGUACUCAGUGGCAAUGAAGGGCGAGGAAGCUUCACUCAACUUCAACUACAGCUCUGAAGAAAUGCUGGAAAGAAUUGAUUAUUUCCUGGAGCACAACAGUGUGAAAUAUGACUAAUAACCAUAAUA